AUGGCAGCUCUUGCCAGCUCUCUCAUAAGACAGAAACGGGCAGUCAAGGACGACCAGACCAACCGACCGAUAGCCAACAAACGCAAACCUUGUCCCAAGAGCAACAAGUCUCUUUGCCAGAAGCAGAUCCUAGUCCUCAUCUCCAAAGUUCGACUAUGUGGGGGUCGACGGGGAAGAACAGACAAAAGGCCAGAGCCUCAGCUGAAAGGUAUUGUCACUCGUCUGUACAGUCAACACGGCUACUACCUCCAGAUGCAGCCGGAUGGCACCAUGGACGGCACAAGGGACGAGAACAGCUCCUUCUCACAGUUCAACUUGAUUCCUGUGGGUCUUCGGAUAGUAGCGAUCCAAGGGACGAAGACAGGCCUGUAUUUGGGCAUGAACAGCGAGGGGUACCUCUACACGUCUGAACAUUUUAAUCCGGAGUGCAAGUUUAAGGAGAGCGUUUUUGAGAAUUACUACGUGACGUACUCCUCCAUGCUGUACCGCCAGAGCCAGUCGGGCCGGUCCUGGUACAUCGGUAUCAAUCGCGAGGGUCAGGUCAUGAAGGGUAAUCGAGUAAAGAAGACCAAAGGGGCCGCCCACUUCCUGCCCAAAGUCAUUGAAGUUGCCAUGUAUAAAGAGCCUUCGUUACAUGAGCUGGUGGGGGAGCAGAGCCCCCCUAGGAAAACAGUAAAGACCUCAGACUCGCCCUCCCAGCAGAACGGGAGGAAAGAGGCCCCUAAAGCAGACGCUUCUUAG